AUGUCAACAAGAAAAGUACAAAACCUAUCUUCUCAUAGAUUUGCAUUUAUUGGAUCCAAUAAAAUCAUAUCUUCAUGGAAUGAAAUUAUCAAAGGUUUUAUUCCUGUUCAAAAGGAAUAUGAAGAUUUUAAGAAAAUCUCUGUUGAUCCAAUUACAAUCAAGGAUCUAGAUAAUUGUAUUAGAUUCCCAUAUGGGCAGAAUUGA